AGGUUGCGGCAGCGGCUGCUGUAGUUCAGAAGAGCGAGGCCGAGGCCUGGGCCCAGCCCGGAGCCGCUGCCUGACCCGAGCCUCCUGGAGCCCCCGAGCCGGCUGAUCUUAGCGGCGGGCUCGGGCUCCGCCUGCCACCGCACGCAGGACCGAGGCUGCAUGCCGGAGGACCAGGCCCACGCAGCCAUGGAGGAAGCCUCUCCCUAUUCCUUGCUUGACAUCUGCUUGAGUUUCCUGACCACCAACCUCGAGAAGUUCUGCUCAGCACGCCAAGAUGGAACCCUGUGUCUGCAGGAGCCUGGGGUGUUCCCACAGGAGGUGGCUGACCGGCUUCUUCAGACUAUAGCAUUCCACGGUCUCCUGAAUGAUGGAACUGUGGGAAUUUUCAGAGGUAACCAGAUGCGCCUAAAGCGAGCUUGCAUUCGCAAAGCAAAGAUUUCCGCUGUUGCUUUCCGGAAAGCCUUUUGCCACCACAAGCUAGUAGAACUUGAUGCCACGGGUGUGAAUGCUGACAUCACUAUCACAGACAUCAUAAGUGGCCUUGGCAGUAACAAGUGGAUCCAGCAAAAUCUUCAGUGCUUAGUACUAAACUCAUUAACUCUGUCCCUCGAGGAUCCAUAUGAGCGGUGCUUCAGCCGGCUCUCUGGUCUUCGAGCUCUGAGCAUCACUAAUGUGCUCUUUUACAAUGAAGAUCUGGCUGAAGUUGCUUCGCUGCCUAGACUGGAGAGCCUGGAUAUUUCUAACACCUCAAUCACAGAUAUCACUGCCCUGCUGGCCUGCAAAGACAGACUCAAGUCUCUCACCAUGCACCAUCUGAAAUGUUUAAAAAUGACUACUACCCAGAUCCUGGAUGUCGUUCGGGAGCUAAAACAUCUGAACCAUCUUGACAUCUCAGAUGAUAAACAGUUCACGUCAGACAUAGCCCUUCGAUUGUUAGAGCAAAAGGACAUCUUGCCCAAUCUUGUGUCCCUGGAUGUUUCAGGGAGAAAGCAUGUGACAGACAAAGCUGUCGAAGCCUUUAUACAGCAGCGGCCUAGCAUGCAGUUCGUAGGGUUGCUGGCUACAGAUGCUGGAUACUCUGAAUUCCUUAUGGGCAAAGGACACUUGAAGGUCUCUGGAGAAGCCAACGAAACCCAGAUUGCAGAGGCGCUGAGGCGGUACAGCGAGCGGGCGUUUUUCGUUAGGGAGGCUUUGUUUCAUCUCUUUAGCCUGACUCAUGUGAUGGAGAAAACGAAGCCAGACAUUUUAAAGCUUGUGGUUACUGGGAUGAGAAACCACCCAAUGAAUUUGCCCGUGCAGCUGGCUGCAAGUGCCUGUGUGUUUAACUUAACUAAGCAGGACCUUGCUUUAGGCAUGCCUGUCCGGCUCCUCGCUGAUGUGACCCAUUUGCUGCUCAAGGCCAUGGAACAUUUUCCUAAUCACCAACAGUUACAGAAGAAUUGCCUCCUCUCACUUUGCAGUGACCGGAUUCUUCAAGAUGUUCCAUUUAAUAGGUUUGAAGCAGCCAAGCUUGUCAUGCAGUGGCUUUGCAACCACGAAGAUCAGAACAUGCAACGCAUGGCCGUGGCUAUCAUUUCCAUCCUGGCCGCCAAGCUCUCUACAGAACAAACUGCACAGCUUGGUGCUGAGCUCUUCAUUGUCAGGCAACUUCUUCAAAUAGUGAAGCAGAAAACUAAUCAGAAUUCCGUGGACACUACGUUGAAGUUUACUUUGAGUGCACUUUGGAACCUCACAGAUGAGUCCCCAACCACGUGCAGACACUUCAUUGAAAACCAAGGGCUGGAGCUCUUCAUGAGGGUUCUAGAGUCUUUCCCAACUGAGUCAUCCAUUCAACAAAAGGUUCUAGGACUUUUGAACAACAUAGCUGAAGUACAAGAGCUGCAUUCUGAACUAAUGUGGAAGGAUUUUAUAGACCACAUCAGCAGUCUCCUACACAGUGUUGAAGUAGAAGUCAGUUACUUCGCAGCUGGAAUUAUCGCCCAUUUAAUAUCCAGAGGUGAACAAGCAUGGACCUUGAGCCGAAGCCAGAGGAAUUCUCUUCUUGAUGAUUUGCAUUCAGCUAUUUUGAAAUGGCCAACUCCAGAGUGUGAGAUGGUAGCAUACAGGUCCUUUAAUCCAUUCUUUCCACUACUUGGCUGUUUUACGACUCCUGGAGUCCAGCUGUGGGCAGUUUGGGCCAUGCAGCACGUCUGCAGCAAGAAUCCUUCAAGGUAUUGCAGCAUGCUGAUUGAAGAAGGAGGACUGCAGCAUUUGUAUAACAUCAAAGAACACGAGCAGACAGAUCCCUAUGUCCAGCAGAUUGCUGUGGCCAUUCUGGACAGUUUAGAGAAACACAUUGUGCGCCAUGGAAGGCCCCCUCCCUGUAAAAAGCAGCCCCAGGCCCGGCUGAAUUGAUAGCCAUAGAUAGUUGUGUAACGAACAGACAACGGGAAGCAUUUUUGUGGUUGGUUCCUUUGGAUUAGCGUGCUCUCUGGUGUUUGGGGCGGGGUGGGGGGUGUCUGUGGUAAGAGUCCUGUGAUCCAUUUGGAAUUGGUAAUGUACAGUACUGCCCAUGUGAACAGUCUGAUUUGUUUUGUGAUUUUUAACUUAUGAGGCAAGAAAGGUCUUCCUUCAAUAUUGUCUCUUAGGGAAUCUCUCUCUCAGUGUUUGAACUUAACUUGUGCUUGAAAUUCUACAGUUUCACGGUAAGCUGCACGCACUCUUCCGCAGGCUUCCUUGCAGGUGAGCAAGGCUGCUGACUUGACUUCAGCUCCACCUCGAUGUAAUUUUAUAUUGCUCUGUAAAAAUGCACCCAUUCUCUGUUGCCUUCCCAUGAUGCCCUUCUUUGUGUGAUGAAAGCUGUUGUGUUUCUAGAAGCUUCUUGCUGUCAGGAGCCUGAGUAGCAAUCAAAGGAACAUAAAAGAAAGACCGUGAAAGGACCGAGUUGAAGGGAAUUAGAAAUUGCUUUUGUGGUAGAGCUCUGAAAAUGGAAAAGGCUCUCCUGGUGUCCCUCUGCUACUUACUCAGUGGAAUAGAGUUAAGUUGCUUAGUUAAAAUACAAUUGACAGAAAAUUUGUUGCAAAAAUUUAAACUUGAGUUGGGGUGUGGCUCAGUGGUAGAGUAUGUUCUUGGAAUGUAGGAAUUGAAUACCCAGCACCACACACAACAAAAAGUUGAAUGUUUCUUCUGUUCAAAUAUGUGUAUCUGUCAGGCAUAAAUGGCUCAUGCCUGCAAUCUCAACACUCAGGAAACUGAGCAGGAGUAGUGCUGUGAGUUUGAGGCCAGCCUGGGUUAGAGUGACAUGUAGUGGAUCCUCAUUAUGUGUUCAUGUUAGAAAAAGCUCAAGAGAAGAGUGGGCUACUGCUGCGGCUGCGGCUGGAUGGCUACCUGUGGAGUCGGCUGAAUAAAAGGAAAUGGUUUUGAUCGGUUAGUUUUUAGGCAGUUGCCUUUCCUAUAAGAUAAUUGAUAUAUGAAGAAUCAGUUAUCAUCCUAUGAACCCGGGAGGCAGCAAGUUAGCAACAAACUUAAAUUCCACUAUAAUUUUAAGUUGGGAAUAAUUCAGAUUUAUAAUCCAGUAAUAGCAAGGAUGAGACAGAAGGAACUACAGUUGGAGACCACAGAGUUGCAAGCCAGCCUGGGCUACAUGGGAAAGACCCUUUCUCACGAAACAAAACAAAUAUUUUAAGGGGGUCUUGGUGGCACUUGCCCUUAAUUCAAAACACUAAGGAACAGGUGGCUUUCAGGGCCAGCAUGGACUAGACAGCAAGAGCCCAUCUCAAAACAAACCAGGAUGCUCACAUCUUGUUUUGUAAAUAGGUUUAAUCUGAAAUCUCUUCUGACCACAUUCAUACAUGUCUCAAAUGUUUUCCGUAGUUUUAAAGUAAGUCAGGAAUGUUUCAGUUUAGAAAGGAGCUAGAUUAAGCUGUGCAUCUGAGUGUGCACCUGUACCCUAGUGCAUAGAAGACAAAGGUGAGAGGAAUAUGAGUUCUGAACCAGCCUGGACUAUAAAGAGUGACCAGCAAGCUUAUUGCUAGUAUGCUUUUACCAUGUCUGACUCAUGUUUCAUACUACUGUCACACUCCUUGGACUUGAAUGUUUCAGGCUUCCUUUAUAAGGACAAAUACUGAAUCAAACUGAAAGAAAACAGACACAUAGAAUUAUCAAAAAGCCAUAUAAAACUAUGGUUUAUUUCUUACUUCAUUGGUUCAAGGAAUUUUAAGAGCUAUACGAUACAUUUUUACCCAAGAUGGUUGCUCAGAUUCACCACUGGAGACAAGAUUGCCAUUCUGAGACUAGCCUGGGCUACCUAGUGAUGCUUGUCUCAGCAGCCUCCAUCUCAAAAGAUGUCUUUUUCAUAGUUAAACACAUUUGGAAAAAAGAAAAUUCUUUCAAAGGAGUAGUUUUUGCUUUUUGUUGACAUUUCCCCCUCAAUUUUAACGUCUAAGACAAAGUUCUGAUAAUAUGAUGUAGUCUACAAUAACUAGCAAGCUUGUGGUGUUGAUUUGCCAAGCUUACAAAGUACACUUGUGAAAUAGUUGAGAACUUUGGCUCCAAGUGUCAUGACCAAAGUACAUGUGCUAUAGGCUAUUGCUAACCUUUUACAAAGUUUCAGAAAAAUAAGUCAGGUGUGGUAGAGUUCACCUGUAAUCCCAGUAUUAGCAGCUGCGUAGCAAAUUCAGAACCAACGUUUGGUUACCUGAUAUCCUAUCUGGAGAAGCAGAACCAGACAGAAAUGGUCAAAAGGUCUACAGAGUGAUUGAGAAUAACCUGAUACAUGAAGGCUCAAAACCAAUUCAAUUUAUAUUCUCCAGGCCAGUCAGGGCUAGAUUGCCCCAAAACAAACAAACAAACAAAACUUAAAAACAAAAGCCCACAAACUCAAAGUGACAGAUUGUAUCCCAAGUAAAUCAAGCUAUUAGUGCCCGUGUUUUAUUUUUGUUUUUGAGUCUCACCAUGUGUAGACCCAAGGCUGUAGUCUAUAUUGAUCUCAUUCAGUUGACAUUCCUGAGUGAGUGGUAGGAUUCCACACAUGUGCUACCAUGUCUGGCUAAGGGAUAGCUCUUGCUUUGUUUUGUUUGUUUUUGUUUUUCCAGACAGGGUUUUUCUGUGUAGUCCUGGCUGUCCUAGAACUCCCUCUGUAAACUAGGCUGGCCUCAAACUCAGAGCUUCCAGAGUGCUGGGAUUAAAGCUAAAAUGUAGUAAAUACAUAUGUGUAUUUAUAAAUUACGAAUGUCCAGCCAGCUUCUACAGGCCUCCCAUUUGUAAUUGGUUGGUACUUCCAAAGCCACUGGCCUAGUGGUGUGCUUUCAGGCAUAGUUUAGACUGACCUGAAUGGCCUUGUUGAACUAACUCAUCAGUAUGCUCAGACACCAGCCAUAGGGUCAGGAGUAGCAAGACUUGGAUCUGCUGGAAGAAACACAUGCACAAGGACCCAGGUUCAGUUCCUGCCAGAGAGGAAACAGAAUUAUGAGACUUUGUAAGACUGGAGUCGAAUAAAGCAAAAUAUAGAUAUCAAAGCAUCUGGGUUUUGUGUACUGAAUAUGUUUUUGCCAUGGUCUCUGUACUCUGAAGUUUGUUUUCCUUCUGGGUUGAGAGUGCAACUCAGCUCAGUACUGGAGGGAAGCACACCGAUUUCAACUCCUACUAUCAGAAAAGGAAAAGAUGAUAUUUAAUGUUUUCUUUUUUAAGUUAUCAAUAAAACCAUAAAUCAAGAAUAGGGGCUGGGCGGUGGUGGCACACACCUUUAAUUCCAGCACUUGGGAGGCAGAGGCAGCUAUAUAUCUCUGUGAGUUCAAGGUCUGGUCUACAUAGCUCUAGGAAGCCAGGGCUAUAUAGAGAGACCUUGUCUCCAAAACAAAACAACACCAAUCAUAAAAAUCCAUUUAAUAAAGUUCUCUUACUAAUGAGUCCUUUUAGGCUGGUCUCUGGUCAAUUUUUGACUUUUUUCCUUUGUCUCAUGGAAUCAGAGCUAGCUUAAAACUCUCAACCAUCCUGCCUACGUCCCUCAGCACACCCCUUGCUUAGCUUUUUAGUCCCUUCGUUGUGGUGGUUUGAAAUUACAGGUGUGUUAGGAUAAUACUGGUUUGUCUUUGAUGCUCUUUGACCAUAGGUUCCCCCCUUGGUACGUGCUGAUGAAAACAUUUAAUGUGCCAAAUUGGGAUAAAUUAAGGAACAGUAAAUUUGGCUCAGUUUUUGGUUGUUUGACUUUGUUCUGUGAGACAGGCUCUUUUGUAGCCCAAGCUGGUCUCAAGCUCACUGUGUAUCUGAGGAUGACUUGCUACUCUGCCUGCCUCCCCAGGCCAUGCUGGGAUCACAGUCAUGGCCACUAUCCCCAGAUACUUUUUGCCUUUUUUGAGAUAGGAUCUUGAUAUAUAUUCCAUGCUGGCCUUAGACCUCUGAGUGCUGAGAUUAUGGGAAUGCACUAAGCCAGGUUUGCUCCAUGUUUCAAAAUGCAUCCUCCUCCUCCCCCAAGCUCAGAACAAUAUAUAACCAUAUUCAAAGUUGAAAAUAGGAGAAGAGGGGACAGAAAUGAGCCAUUUUGUAAUGGUAACCUGCAAUCUGUCUCCUCUCCAAUGGCACAUUUUUAUCAGUUGGUUACUGUGGGACUUUAAUUGGGUUUUAAACAGUGUUAAUAAGCUAAAGGCAUAGAUUAAGUGCCUUCUCUUAGCUGAUGUGGGCUCCUCCAGUUCUACCUACAUACUUAUGUUGAGAGAGUGUUUGGGUCAGAUCUGCUCUGAGACUGCUUCCCAAGAGGUUUGCAAACUGUUUUCCUUCAUAAACCCUGUGUAGUGACUUCAGAUGACCUCGUUUAUCUCAUGGAUAUUGGAUGUUUAGUCCUUGUCAUUUGCUAUGUGUUGACACAGUUUUAAUUUUCAGUGUUUACUCAAAAGUUUUCAUUUUAGUAAUGAUGCAAACCCCACCAGUGAUAGGAAUAAGAGUAUGGUAGAGAAGUUUGCAUUGGUUUUUAGGCUCAUCACGGCGUGUGUUCCCUAGGAUCUCAUGGACUUUGCAUGAUGUGGCACACUAUGGCAAAUGCAGUUGUUUGUUUCCAAGACUUAACCCAAGACACUGAUGACUAAUAGCCUAAGAAAAAGAACUUUCUCCCGCCUUUCCACUGAUCUACUUUUUAAAAAAAUUAAUUAUGCAAAACUGAAUGCAGUUUCUUACUACUGUGCUGACAGGGUGCCUCUUUAGGACACAGCCUAGCUGACAGAUCAGUGACAAGUAAAAAUAUGCCAGCAGUUUAGUAGCUUAUGCUUGUGACCCUAAUGUGCCAGUAGUGGGCCAGGGAGGCCCUGACUUCUACACCAUCUUGGGCUACACCCCUACAUUCCCAGAUACAGGGGCGACUGAAGCAGGAGGCUCAUUUGAGGACUUAAGUAAGUCACAAGUUUAAAAUGAGACUGGGCAACAUAAUAUGAUCCAGCCUCAAGAAUAUAAUUGUAGCUGAGUGUGCUGGUGCAAGGUUGAAUUUCAGCACUCAGGAGGCAGAGGCAGAAGCAGAAGCAGGCAGACCUCUCGAGUUAAAGGCCAGCCUGGUCUACAGAGUGAGUUCUAGGACAGCCUGGGCUGCACAGAGAAGCCCUGUCUUGGUGGUUAGGGGGAAAUAUAUAUAGCUUUUUAAAAUUUGUCAAAAUUAUUUUGUGGCAAAUCAGAAAUCUACUUCAUUAAUGGUAAACACUUGACUUUGAAUUUACUUUAUGGAAAAAAAUUGAGUUAAGUUUUUUUUGUUCGUUCAUUAUUGAGUCAGAGUAAGACUCAAGUGUAUGAGUCAAAUGUGUGUCGCUCUUGCUGUCUUAGCACUUGCUAUGUAGACCAGCCCUGCCUCUGCCUCCCGAAUGCUGGGAUUAAAGGCACAUGCUAAUACACCAGGCUCUUUUAGCCUUAUUUUAAUCAACUUUAGAGCAAGAUAUUCUUUAAUUAAUGAAAAGUUAAGACACUUUCAUAAAGGGAAGUCUUUUAUAGCAUUUUUUUCCUCAAAAAAAAAAAAAAUCAAUGUUACAUGAAGAUUUGAAUUCUCAGAUAAUAUGUAGACACGUUUUUUUAGUCACUGACUUGUGGGCCAGUGAGAUGGCUCAGUAGGUAAAGGUGCUUGCUGCCAAGCCCGAGUUCAAUUCCCUAUGGUGGAAGGAGAGAACUGAGUCUCACAAGUUGUCCUCUAUCUCCAUGUGUGCAUCAUGUACACUCAUGCUCCAUAUUAAAUAGAUAAGUAAAUAUACCAAACUUAAUCAACGUUUAACAUCUCCAUUCAGAGGCAGAGAGCAGAAGGAUUGUGAGUUGGGAGGCCGGCUUGAGCUACUGAAUGAGGUCCAGGCCAUCUUGGGCUACAUAAAAGAUCAUGUCUGAAAAAUCCAAAAAAAAGUAACUAAAUUAGUGACGAAAUCUCCGUUGUUUAGGAUUCCUCUGUGAAAGACUGGACUUAUGAUUAUGAGAAGCUGUCUUUUGCUUGAAUUCUCAUGGGAUUUAACUCUUUCCAAGAAAUGCAAAACCCAUCAGAAAGUUGAAUGUGUGUGCAUUUCAGAUACAAUUCUGGAUUGUCUGGGCUGAAGGUAUUCCAGUUAUGGCCUGGUAAACAGGAGUAUUCUGCACGUAAAUCAUGCUGUAUAUUCAGAUGGAACAUCACUUAAGUAUUAAUGUUGUAUGUACAGAUUGAGAUUUUUUUUUGCCUAAAUAAAUGUUACAAAUUUUAUGUAAAGUGUGGUCUACUUUCACGUCAGAUACUUUGAAAUUUAGUUUUAAGUCAAGCUCCAUAUUCCUUAGUAAAUCCAUUGUACUUUCAGAAAUCUACAAAAGUCUGUCUACUAGAGCAUCAUUCCUGUUAUGCUAGAACCAGGCUUGCCAGUCAGUACACACUGUAACUCCAGUACUGAAACAAGAGGCUCAAAUCCAAAGCCGGCCUGUGUGAUGUAGUGGUACCUCUUUCCAUCUCAAAAAAAAAAAAAAAAGUCUACAUUCAUCACCCAAUGGUAGAAGGAUUAUCAGACAUGCUCUAAGACCUUUUAGGGAAUUUAAUUUUAAUGGAGAGAAAUAAAUAAUAGUAUUCAACAAUGUUCCACAAUAGUCCACAGUGCUUAUUACAGGGAUCAAAGACCACACAAGUCCAGUUAGUCCAAAAAGAAUUCCUGCUGGAUGAUGGUACACACCUUUAAUCCCAGCACUUCAGAGGCAGAGGCAGGCAAACCUCUAAGUUCGAGACCAGCCUCUUCUACAAAUCAGGUUCAGAGACAACCAGGGCUAGCUAUUGAAACCCUACUUUGAAAGAACUUUAAGCCGGGCGUGGUGGCGCACGCCUUUAAUCCCAGCACUCGGGAGGCAGAGGCAGGCGGAUUUCUGGGUUCGAGGCCAGCCUGGUCUACAGAGUGAGUUCCAGGACAGCCAGAGCUACACAGAGAAACCCUGUCUUGAAAAAAAAAGUUUUAAUAUGCAUCCUGGGCCUUUCUACAUGUGUGUGGAAGGGAAUGCUUUAUUCAGUCUGAUGCAUCCACUACUUCAGGCUAUCGGCUCUGAGGGUGUACAGAGAGCCAGAGGAGAGAAGACACUGGGGGCCUGGAGCUGGGUACCAGGGCUACUACUGCCUUCCACUGUGAGACCAAGCAGUUUGAGAAUUCAAAGUUCUUAGCUGACUGUCCUGCUCAUUAUGGGCCAACAUUUGUGACAACUGUAGGAAAGAACACAACAGUUUCUUAGCUUCAUGUUCAGCUUUGCUGUAGACCCCAUAAAUGUUGGAGGGGAGCUAUUUUGAUUUAUCCAGGCAUAAAGCUUUCUUUUGUACACACAGCUCAUAUGCUCAUUAAAAUCGAGACUUGAAAAAGAAUUGUCACUAAAUCAAGAAAAAAAAAAAAAGAAAGAAAAAAAAAGUUUUUUAUACCAGGUAGUGGUGGUGCAUGCCUAUAAUCCCAGUACUAAGGUAGAGACAGGCACAUCUCUUUGAGUUUGAGACCAGCCUGGUCUACAGAACUAGUUCCUUCCGGGACAGCCAAGACUACACAAAGAAACUGUCUCAGGAGUCUUACUAAGUUGUCCAAUUUGGCUUUGAACUCACUCUACUCAAGACAGGCCCUGAACUUGUAAUUCCCUCUUCCUCAGCUUCCCAAGUAGCUGGGACAAGUAGGCCUGCACCCAGGACAAGCCAAAGAAUCCACUGAAUUAUUAAAGCAUGUUCAUUAUAGAUGAUGCGGAUAUAGCUCGGUUGAUAAAAAGUAUUUGCUUAUGUACAAGAAAUCCUUGGUUGGUGGGCUGGUGUGACUGCUUAGCAUGUAAAGGCAUUUGCCUUUAAGCCUGAGUUUGAUGAGCAGAACCUAUUCAGUAGAAGGGGAAAAUUAAUUUUUAAAAAUGGGGACUUCCACUACACACACACACACACACACACACACACAAUGUUUAAAAAAUAGUCCGGGUCUGACCUCUUGUACUAUGUAAAACUGUUUCUGGCUAGAGAGAGAAAUAACUCGACAGUUAAGAAUGUGUACUUGGGGCUGGAGAGAUGGCUCAGUGGUUAAGAGCACCGACUGUUCUUCUAAAGGUCAUGAGUUCAAAUCCCAGCAACUACAUGGUGGCUCACAACCAUCUGUAAUGGGAUCUGAUGUCCUCUUCUGGUGUGUCUGAAAACAGCUACAGUGUAUUUACAUAUAAUAAGUAAAUAAAUCUUUUAAAAAAAUGUUUAAAAAAA